UCUGGGCAAUUUUAUGCUCAUGGCAUCAACAAUUUUGUCUGGCAACAACUAUCAAAAGGUUGCACUGCUGGCCAAGUUCAUAAAUCUUGGUCUCCCUCAUAGAACAACCUUCCAAAAGAUCCAGGGACAUUUUGUCGCCCCUACAGUUGAGCAGUACUGGAGUAAUAUUCAAGCCUCAACCAUUGAAGAGACCAGAGCAACAAAUGUAGUCAUAUCAGGUGAUGGACGCAUGGACAGCCCUGGCCAUUGUGCAAAGUACUGCACAUACACCUGCAUGAACCAGCAGACGAAAUGGAUCCUUGCCAUGGAGGUGGUUGACAAAAGGGAAUGCCAGCUUAAGGUAUUUCAAUCAUGUGUGCCUUUUGUUUAUACACAAGUUAACUACAUUUUUAAAGAAAACCAAUGGAGCAUGUACAAAACCCAACCUGAUAUGAAAACAUCAAAUUGCUGAGCAUAUUCUACACAUGCUGGCAGUGAUAUUCUUA